AUGGUCAAAUUCAGGUUUAGUCAGAUACAAAUGUACUCUAGUGUCACUUCAAAGAGAUAUUUCAAGGUCCAUUAUGCCAAAAGGGUGCAAGUGAUACGACUAGCUGCUGUGAAUUCACCACAUCAUUUGAAGAAGAAUCUACAUACAACACAAUGGAAUCAACAGAAAGAGAAUAAACAAGAUAUAAAUGAUGACGAUUAUGAAUUAGAUCUGAUAACAUUGACUAAGAAGAAGAAAUCAAAACAAAAGAAGCAAACUACACCAUCACCAGAAGAAUCAACAUCAAAAUCUGUGAAUAAUGUUAAACCAAUCAAUAUUGUUGAUGAUACCAAUAUAAGAAGUGACAAUUAUAAGUUUAAGAAACAAAAAAGACAGGUUCCAUCAUUGGAUAAAGAUGAUGUUAGAAAUGAUGAUGAAUUGAUUACACUUUCUGAAAAGGAUAAGAAAAAAAUUGAUGCUAGAAAACAAUAUAAAGCUGAAAAUCCAAAACCUAUUGAACCAAUAUUUAAAGAAUCAUUAAAUCCAGAAGAAAUCAAGAAACAUGAUGAAACAAUACAAAAAGAUUUGACACGUUUAUUGAAUGAAGAAUUUGAUCGUCAAGAUAAACCAGAAAAUAAAAAUUCAAAAAAGGCAAUUAAUUUAUUUGAUAUUGUUUCAAAUGGAUCAUAUGGUAAUCUGAAGAAAGAUACAUCUAAAUCUAAUUCAUCUCCAACUCAGUCAACUAAAGAGACAAAAACGAAACCAAAUAUGAUUCGUAAUGAUGUCAAAUCAGAUAAAACUGUCAAAUUAAAUAAACAAGAAUCUUUGAAUAAAGAUGCUAAAUCUGAUGAUGCUCUGGUAUCAAGUAAGAAAGAAGUUAAGAAUAGUGAUGUUAAAUCUGAUGAUGGUUUGGUUUCAAAGAAAACUUCAAAUUCAAAUGAAGAUAUAAGUUCCAAUGCUACAGAUGUUGAUUCUAAAUCAGAUCAUGGAUUACUCAAUGAACAAAUCUCUGUUGAAUCAGCUAAGCAAUCAGACUAUUUACAUGAUCCAUUGAGUACACAUGAACAAGAAAUACUGAAAAAUAUUCAAGAUAAUAAUCUAAGCAACCCUCUAAACUAUGAAAGUACAAAGACACACAUUCCGUCACAAGAUUCAAAAGUGAAUGAAGCUGAAAUCAAAGCUGAAACUAAGGCUGAAGCUGAACCAUCUGUUGUGAAUAUUUCCAUGCCUAAACCUGAAGGUAACUCACAAGCAAAAUCAUCUAUUCGUUAUACAACAGAACCACCAAAAAUUGAUGAAUUUGAUAAUAUCAUAAAUGUUUCAAGACCAUCCUCUCCGUCGAAAAGACAAAAAUCUAAAGGUUCCAAAAAAUUUAAACAAUCAAUUAAUUCAAGCCCAGACCUAAGUAAUCUUUCUGGAAUUGAUAAAUUAAAUAAAAUUGAAAAUAUUAUGAAAGUUUUAGAAAAUGAACUUCCAAAAUUAUCAAAACAAAAAGAUUUGAAUGAAGCUGAAAUUAAAGAUAAAUCAAUACAAAUGAAGAAACUUCGAGAAAAAUUAAAUGAAAUUCAAAAUUCGGAAUCUAAACCAACAAUCACUGAUCCAAUUCCUGUUCAUGAUUUAGAAACUUUCUUGAAAGAUGCCAAAAGAGAAAAAGAAUUGAAAGAAGAAGAACAAUUUAGAGAAGAAAGAGCUUAUGAAUUUAGUAAAUCAAUUAAUGAUCAAAAUUAUAAAACUCUGGAAAGGAAAAAUUUCUUUACACCAAUUGAUGAAGCAUUAAUUAAAAAGUAUGCAAGACGUUCUAAAAUUUUUAAACCAAUUCAAUUUCAAGAUGAUCAAACAAUAUCUGAACCAAAAGAUGAAUUAUUUUUCCCUUCAUUAUCCAGUAUUGCAAAUAAUCAAAAUUUGACUCAUGAAUUUAUGAUUUUAGCAAAUAAAAAGAAAAUCAUUAUAAAUGAAAAUCCAUUAGGUGAACAUUAUCAUACACCUGAUUUAUUUACAAUUUUCAAAAAUUUAGGAAAUCCAGAAAAAUAUUUAAAACAAAUUAAUAAAUUUGAAAAAAAUGGUGGUUGGAAAUUAAUUGGAUCUGGUGGUGCAGAUUUCAAUAAAAUUUUAAUUUUUGAAAGAUUUGUUGAUAAAGAACAAGAACGUAAAGAUUUACGUCGUAAACGUAUAAUUAAUUAUUCAACUUCAAUAGUUUCAAUUUUUGCAAUUCUUUUAGGAUUUGGAACUUAUUAUGAAUAUGAAGAACAAAAAAAAUCAACAAUGUCAAAAUAUAAAUUUGAUGAUCAAGGUAAAUUCGUCAAGACUGAUAACAAAUGA